UUACGCUUAGCUUUUACAUGCCAGCAUAGCUACAGCUAGCUAGCUAGCUAGCCAAGUUGUGAGUUGUAGCUAUGCUGGCAUGUAAAAGCUAACCGUAACGUAUCCAAAGCUAACCGUAACGUAUCCGUAGCUAGUUACUGUAGGUAGCUAACGUAAUUAUUGGUAAAGGGGGGACUUUUAUUUGGUGGACAAAUGUUAGCUAUUUCGGCUAGAGAAGAAAAAGUUGUUAUAUCCCAGAAUGCCCUGCGGGGGAAACGAACUGUAAACACAACAGUUGUUAGCUAACUAGCUGUUAACGUUACGAGGCCUUGCUAUUCCCAGACCAUGUAGCUAAGUGGAUGCCGAUUAGAAGCCAAUUACUCGAGAUGGAUGCCUUUUUAGGAUCUCUGCAAGACCAUGACGUGAGCUCUGUCCUGACGUCCUGUGAGCCCGAGCUGCAGGAGCUGAUGAGACAGAUAGACAUCAUGGUGAACCAUAAGAGGACGGAGUGGGAGGCAGAGAUCCAUGCCAUGGAGCUGCGUCUGCACAGCGGAGAAGAGGAGCUCCUCUCAGCCAGAAACCUCAUAGACCAAAGGAACUCAGAGGUGGGGUUGCUCCGCAAGCAGCUAAAUGAGGUCCAGACAGGGAAGCAAGAGCUGGUCAUUAAAUAUGAGGAACAACUGCAGCGUGUCAAAGAUGAGUUGUCUAAGUUGAAGCACAGCUACCAGAAGCUUCAGAGUAAACAGCUGAAGGAGUCUCGUGAAGGAGCCAAGAGCCGACAGGAGGACCGGACAGAGGUGACCCGCCUCAAUGAAAAGAUAGAGGAGUUCCGUCAGCGGUCAGCAGAGUGGGAGAACCAGAGGACGCAGUACCAGAAGCAGGUGUCUUCGCUGGAGAUCCAGAGGAAGAGUCUGGCAGAGCAGUUCACUAAUAUGAAGUCCCAGGGAGCAGCGUGGCUACAGGACGCAGGAGUAGGGCGUGCCGGGCAGGCAGAUCUGCAGAGGCUGAGGGGUCAGUUGGAGAGGGCCCAGGAUACACUGCACUCUCAGGAACUGGAGCUGGAACGACUCAGACACCUCCAGGAGCAGCUGAGGGGAGAGCCCAGGAGGGGACAGCAUGUGCUGACAGAGGAGAAGGAGGGGCAGAAGCAGCAGUUCUGUAAUGACCUGUCCAAGCUGACCAGGGCCCUUCAGGCUAAAGAAGAAGUCAUCCAGUCUCUAGAGGAGUGUCUAGGAGCUCAGGGGAGAGGUGGCUCAGGACUACAGCUCCUCAGACAGGACUUAGAGAUGACUACUACCAAGCUACACUCUGCCCAGGCCUGUGAGGUCCACCUGAAGACUGAACUGGCCAGACUCAGAGACAGACUGGAGACUAUGAGCAGACAGAGAGGAGAGUUGGUCAAGAGAGAAACGGAGCUAAAGCAUAUCAAGGAAGAGAGGAGUCGCUCUGUAACUGAGGUGAAACGGCUGCGUGAGGAGCUGGCGAGGGCGGAGCAGACCCGCUGCUGGGAGGUGGAGGGCAUGAGGAAGGAGGUGUCCCAGAUGACCAAUGAACUGCACCAGCGUGACAUCACCAUCGCCACCCUCAGUGGCUCCGCCUCCAGCGUGGAGCGCCAGCUAAGUGGCGAGGUGGAGAGGGCAGAGCGUCGGGCAGCUGAGCUCAAGGUGACUCAGGUGCAGCUGGAAACUCUGAAGAUUGAGAACCAACAUCUCAAUGAACUGUUGGAGAGAGUGGAGUCGAGGCCUACUAUGAAAGGGGAUCCCUGCCUGGCCUCUCUGAGAGAGAGCUAUGUAUCAUCUCUGAGUAGCUUGGAGCAGGAGAACAGGCAGAUGAGACAGGAGCUAGCGGAGGUGAGAGCUCGCCUGGAGGCCUCUACACAGACCUGGCAGGACAAGCUAGACAGAUCCCUGCUACACAACCAGUCCAGGGCCGGUCCACGACAAGCACAGGACGGGAGUGAAGAGGAACUGCAGCAGAGACACAGAGAGGAGAUGUUAGCCAUGGAGGCCAGGAUGCAGGAGAACACCUCGCACUACAAAGAGGAGAUUCAGCGCCUCCUCCAACAGCUAGAGGCCCUCUCCUCCUCCUCCCCUCACAGACACCACGGCCAGACCCUGGACCACAGGCCCAUCUCAGCCUCCUCUUCCUCCUCCUCCUCGUCGUCCUGUAGAGAAAGCAGACUAGCCCGGGGGACAGCCUCAGGACUCUUCUGUGUUCCUAAUGGGCCUGCCCCUCUACCUGUCUCUGUACCUGUUGGUGCUGAGGGCCAGUUGUCCAAUUCAGAGGAGGUUCUACACCUGCAGGCCAGUCAAGACAUACUAAACAUGGAGCGCUGUGUGGCUUCCCCUGCUGGCUCGGUGGCGGCCCGGUACCUGGAGGAGGAGAACCUGCGAUCCCAGGAGCUACUCCAGAGACUAGACGCUCACAUCCAGGGCAUGAGACAGGACAACGUCAGGACCGUUUCUAAAUACCUGGGCCAUCCAGACACCUCCUAACCCUCCUGACCAUCCAGACGCCUCCUAACCCUCCUGACCAUCCAGACGCCUCCUAACCCUCCUGACCAUCCAGACACCUCCUAACCCUCCUGACCAUCCAGACACCUCCUAACCUUAACCCUCCUGACCAUCCAGACGCCUCCUAACCCUCCUGACCAUCCAGACGCCUCCUAACCCUCCUGACCAUCCAGACACCUCCUAACCCUCCUGACCAUCCAGACGCCUCCUAACCCUCCUGACCAUCCAGACACCUCCUAACCCUCCUGACCAUCCAGACACCUCCUAACCUUAACCCUCCUGACCAUCCAGACGCCUCAUAACCCUCCUGACCAUCCAGACACCUCCUAACCUUAACCCUCCUGGUCAUCCAGACACUUCCUAACCCUCCUGACCAUCCAGACGCCUCCUAACCCUCCUGACCAACCAGACACCUCCUAACCUUAACCCUCCUGACCAUCCAGACACAUCCUAACCUUAACCCUCCUGGUCAUCCAGACGCCUCCUAACCCUCCUGACCAUCCAGACACCUCCUAACCCUCCUGACCAUCCAGACGCCUCCUAACCCUCCUGACCAUCCAGACGCCUCCUAACCCUCCUGACCAUCCAGACACCUCCUAACCCUCCUGACCAUCCAGACGCCUCCUAACCCUCCUGACCAUCCAGACACCUCCUAACCCUCCUGACCAUCCAGACACCUCCUAACCCUCCUGACCAUCCAGACACCUCCUAACCCUCCUGACCAAACAGACACCUCCUAACCCUCCUGACCAUCCAGACGCCUCCUAACCCUCCUGACCAUCCAGACACCUCCUAACCUUAACCCUCCUGGUCAUCCAGACACUUCCUAACCCUCCUGACCAUCCAGACACCUCCUAACCCUCCUGACCAACCAGACACCUCCUAACCUUAACCCUCCUGACCAUCCAGACACAUCCUAACCUUAACCCUCCUGGUCAUCCAGACACCUCCUAACCUUAACCCUCCUGACCAACCAGACUCCUCCUAACCUCAACCCUCCUGACCGUCCAGACUCCUCCUAACCAUAACCUUAAAUUUGAAAAUUCAGUCUGCAAAUACCUGACCAGACAGACAGCUCACCUCUGGAGCGGUCAGUGACUGACCAGACAGACAGCUCACCUCUGGAGCGGUCAGUGACUGACCAGACAGACAGCUCACCUCUGGAGCGGUCAGUGACUGACCAGACAGACAGCUCACCUCUGGAGCGGUCAGUGACUGACCAGACAGACAGCUCACCUCUGGAGCGGUCAGUGACUGACCAGACAGACAGCUCACCUCUGGAGCGGUCAGUGACUGACCAGACAGACAGCUCACCUCUGGAGCGGUCAGUGACUGACCAGACAGACAGCUCACCUCUGGAGCGAUCAGUGACUGACCAGACAGACAGCUCACCUCUGGAGCGGUCAGUGACUGACCAGACAGACAGCUCACCUCUGGAGCGGUCAGUGACUGACCAGACAGACAGCUCACCUCUGGAGCGAUCAGUGACUGACCAGACAGACAGCUCACCUCUGGAGCGGUCAGUGACUGACCAGACAGACAGCUCACCUCUGGAGCGAUCAGUGACUGACCAGACAGACAGCUCACCUCUGGAGCGGUCAGUGACUGACCAGACAGACAGCUCACCUCUGGAGCGGUCAGUGACUGACCAGACAGACAGCUCACCUCUGGAGCGGUCACCAGAUAUGUGUGACUGACCACCAACAGAGUCCAGGUUUCUCUAGUUGUAGGAGUAUUAGUGUGGCAGUUGUCUGGCUUUGUGUGUCUCUACAGAUAGACCUGUUGGAAAGAUACAGUGUAAAUGUGACUGUUGACAGUCUGUUGGAGAGUUCAUGUGUGUGAUUAGUCCAGGAUAGUUUAGGUGUGGUCUACAGUGUCGUCGUGUGAGUUAGCGCCUGUAAAGCACUUUAGAAACGUACUGUAUUGCUAUGCCAAGUUAGUGGCGCUUAGAUUCCUCCUUGACAAUCUCUUUCCUUUUUGUACCCGUUUGAACAUCUGUUUUUUUUCUGGAUGUGGAAUGUAUUUUUGCAGUGCUGUAGCAGUCAUUGUUUUUAAUGACAGUUUGCCUCCUGUGACAUCAUCCAUAUACUCAAGAUGGAAUGUAACUAUGUUUGUAAACAUAGAAAUAUAUAUUUUUUAAAAUAUUCAAAACCUCAUUCUCCGAGUGGCUCAGAUGCUGUCCUCACUUGUUGACGAGAACAAGGUACAUCGUCUCUCUCUGAGAGAGAGAGAGAGAGAGAGAGAGAGAGAGAGAGAGAGAGAGAGAGAGAGAGAGAGAGAGAGAGAGAGAGAGAGAGAGAGAGAGAGAGAGAGAGAGAGAGAGAGAGAGAGAGAGAGAGAGAGAGAGAGAGAGAGAGAGAGAGAGAGAGAGAGAGAGAGAGAGAGAGAGAGAGAGAGAGAGAGUGUGAUAUAUAUAUAUAUAUUCCACAAGGUCCUGCCCCAUCUCUCAGUAGUGGGAUAACAUGGUAGAACGGAGGGAUGGGUGUCCUUGGCUCUCAUCCUGACCCAUUCCCACAACACAAACAAAGCCCAUAGCACUCUGGUUAAAAGUAGUGCACUAUAUAAGGGGAAUAGGGUGCCAUUUAGGACGUACCCAGGUGUUUGUGGGAAUGAAAUAAAGACAAAAUAUUAAUAUACCAAAUAAAUGUCAAAUGUUUUGAGGAA